AUGUCACCCUGCCAGGCGGAGAUCUCCAUGCUCAUGCGCAUCCGCCGCGGCCAGUUCCCUCAUUUGGAAGUGGACCCCUUCCCAGAUUACGAGGCCUGGGCGGACGACACCGUGGACCCCACCCCCAUCCUCAACGCCCCCGAGCCUAAGCGGAGGUUCAUCCCAUCAAAAUGGGAGGAGAAGAAGGUGGUGAAGCUGAUCCGCGCCAUCCGCAACGGCUGGCUCAAGACACGCAAGCAGAAGCGGGAGGAGGCCAAGAAGGAGUCGGAGGUGUACAUGCUGUGGGGCGAUGAUGACCAGGUGGCAAACAAGACGGCGGCGGGGCUGACGUAUAUCCCCGCGUCCAAACUGAAGCUGCCGGGCCACGAGGAGUCGUACAACCCGCCAAAGGAGUACCUCCCGACAGAGCCUCUGGGUAUGCACCCCAGCGCAACCACCACGCUGGAAGGUCGCUAA